GAAGAGCAGCCAGUGCUCUUACAGCUAAGCCAUCUCUCCAGCCCUAUAUUUUUAUUUUUAAAAAUUUGGAUGUAUAGUAUAUGUUUGUUUCUGUGUGGAUGUCAGUUGUUUCUCUCUCUGGUAUGUUCCAUCUUAUUUGUAGUUCACUGUUUGUAUCUUCCAUCCCUUACCUACCUGGCCCUAUCUCCAAGCACUGAGAUUAAAGAGACACCUGUGCUUUAUGUUCAUGCUGGUCCAGCAUGCAUUUUGCUGGGCGCUAACGUUGAAUUUUUAAUUAUUUAGAGACAGUAGUUUCCUUUUGUUGUUUAGGUAUGCUCCUGGGUUCCCCAAGGGGUUCUUCGGUCUCACUUCCUGAGUAGCUGCGACGAGGGUGUGGCAUGCCAGUGUCCAGGAGGCUUAUGUAUACAUUUUUUUUAGAUUUUAAUUUUUUUAUUUUCAUAAUUUCUUUUACAUGUAUGAGGUUUUGCUUGCAUGUAUGUCAGUGCACCAUAUGUGUGUCUGGUGCCUGAGGAGGUCAGAAGAGGGCCUUAAAUUCUCUGAAAUUGGAGUUAUGAGUGGUUGUGAGCUGCUGUACAGGUGCUAAGAAUUAAACCCAGAUCCUCUGCAAGAAUAGUGCUCUUAACCAUUGAAGCAACCAUCUCUCCAGCCCCUUAUAUACUUUGCUUUUUUCAGGACACCAUAUCACUAUAUGGCUGUUCUGGACCUAACUCUGUAGACCAGGCUGUCUUUGAACUCAACAGAGAUCUGCCUGCCUCUCCUUCCCAUGGGCUGAGAUUAAAAGUGUACACCACUGUACCUGGCCCCUUUGUGCACUUUUUGUUUGAUUUGUUUGUUUGUUUGUUUAUUUAUUUUAUUUUUUCAAGAUAGAGUUUCUCUGUGUAGCUUUGGAGCACUUGUUUUUCUUGUGAUUUGAAUGGGUACCGAAAAGCUUAAAGUAACCAUACUCCAUUUUUUUUUUCUCCAGGGUCUGACAAUUCUGGAUGCCAGUGCCACAGUUCUCUGUUGCUAGAUGUUUUUGCGUUGCUUUUAUUGAGGGGACUAGAUGGUCCUUUCUGCCAGCCAGUGCUCAGAGUAGUUGGAGGAUCAACCAGACAUGCUUGUGCAGUGGUGGACAUAUGGAAAGCAGAAGAUAGACAACUUACAGGAGUUCGUUUUCUUCUACUAUGUAGGCCUCUAGUAUUAAAUUCAGGUUGUUAAAUUUCGUGUGCUGCCCCCAGAGAGACCCAGGCAAAAUGAUUUUCUUCAUGAUCACAGUUAUAUUCUUAACAUGGAUUCAAGCAGCAGCAGUAGCAGCGGCAGCGGUAGUAGCAGCAGCAGUAGCAGCAGCAGCAGCAAAAACUCUUUGACUAAAAAGCCACAGAAAGAAACCAGGAAACGUAUGUGCAAAAUUCCUGGAUGUUUCUUGAAUAACAUUGAGAAGUUAAAAGAGUAUUCUGGAAGGAAUUUCAAACGCAGUAAGGAAGAACUGGCUCAGAAAAUCUACAUGCUACUUAACCACACUGUCUUUGAUGGAAAGUUGCCAGAGAAAAUAGAAAUCAUUUGGAAUAAAAAGAUGCUGCGGACUGCUGGUUUAUGCACUACCAAUGAGAUAAAACAACCCAAGAGGCAGCGCUAUGCUAAGAUUUCAAUUUCUCCGAAAGUUUGCGACUCUGCAGAUCGAAUCCGGGACACCUUGAUCCAUGAAAUAUGCCAUGCAGCCUCCUGGCUGCUUGAUGGCAUCCGGGAUUCCCAUGGUAUCUCAUGGCAAUAUUAUGCUCAAAAAUGCAAUUCAGUACACCCAGAACUGCCUAAGGUCACCCGUUGCCAUAACUACACAAUUCACUACAAGAUCUAUUAUGAAUGCAUGCUGUGCAAAUACAGGAUUGGCCGGUACACCAGAUCAUUGAACACUGAACGCUUCAUCUGUGCCAAAUGCAAAGGGCAUCUGGUCUUGCUGCCAUUGUUUCGGAAGGAUGGAACCCCCAUUGUGCCCUAUGUGAGACCAUUUGCCAAAUAUGUGCAGGAGAAUUAUAGAGCAGUGUUUAACGGGACGGCAGGAAUCAGCCAUGGGAAUGUGAUGAAAAGGCUCAGCAAGGAUUAUUUUGCCAGUAAACAAAAGGCAAAUCCUUAAGGUUUGCCUGGAAUAUAGUUAUGUGAGCCAAAUCCUUUACUGGCAAGAAGUUCUAGAAAAUGCUAUUUCUGUAAAGUUUUAAGUAUUGGGGUUUAAAUGUGUUUUCUGAUUUGUUAUUAUUGGUGAUUGUUCUUAAUAAAAAGUUCUUUUGCUCACCAUACAGCUCUUGAUAA